CCAGGCAUUUUCGAGAACGAGCACGGCAUAAUCUUUUGGCACCUGCACUUAAAAACUCAAGAAGAGAUAUCACUUAUUGGAAAAAAUUAUCUGAAAGGUAAUCGUUCCCCGUCUGCUAAGGAAAAACCAGUUCUGUUUGGAUCAGCAAAGGCACCAGAGGCAAAAUCAUCACAAAUCGAGACCCCUUUUCGGCUGACUCAUCAGGCGCAGGCAGUCCAGGAGCCUCAAACGCCGUCAUGAGUUCAGCAGCAGGGUUUCGGGCAGGAUUAGGGUCCUCUGGCAUGUCUUCUGGGUUUGUGACUGUUGAAGAAAAGAGAGAAGGGAGUCCGGGUACUGUAACCUUUUCUAAGGUGUCCAAAACCUACAGUACAAAUGGAUUUGGGCAACCAACGAGAAGCUCGGCCUCUCCUAUUUUGAAGGACAGGAAGAUCAUGACCACUUUGACAACCACUCACUCUGAUGUUUUUGACGGGAGUUCAAGCACAGACUCAUCUCCAGAGGAUUUCCAAAAGGAGUAUGGCUCUUCAAAGGCAAUGUCUGGUUCCAUCACACGAGGGAGAUCUCAGAGCCGAGGUACAGAGAGUGAAAUCCGAGCCAGGCUUCAGAGCACUUCUCCUUCAGCAAGUUGGACGGAACUCGGUGAUGUGAAGCGUCUGCUGAGAGGAAGUCAGUCUGAGAGCACCAGCACCAUUCAGUCUCCCAACAACUCUUUGCCCAUCCCCAAGAAGGCCAGUGUAGAAACUAGAACCACAUCUGAGAACACCAGCACCAUUCAGUCUCCCAACAACUCUUUGCCCAUCCCCAAGAAGGCCAGUGUAGAAACUAGAACCACAUCUGAGAGCACCAGCACCAUUCAGUCUCCUAACAUCUCACUGGUCAUCCCCAAGAAACCCAGUGUGGACACGAGGAUUGUGUCUGAGAGUACCAGUACAAUUCAGUCUACCAACAACUCCCUUCUUCUCCCUAGUGUGGAUACCAGGAUCAGGCCUGAGAACUCCAAAUCAGGUUUGUCCACAGCUCCAGAUCACUAUGGUGGUGUUUGGCCUGGAAGCAUUAACAGCAGCUACAGCUACAAUACAAGUCCCAACAACCUAACCACAACAUCUACUAUUUACCACUCAGGAGGAGGAGGAGGAGGAGGAGGAGGAGGAAGAAGAAUACUAGGAGAAGGAGGAGGAGGUGUUCAGAACAAUAUGGCCCUCAUCUCUCCCCCUGUGCACAACGGACUAUCCGUCAGCAGCACCAUGCCAGUGUACGGUGUUCAGAAUAACCUGAUCAGCACCAGCAGCCCCGCUGUCCACGCUCCUGCUGGAACAAAUGCAGAAAUAGUUUACGGUGUGCAGAAAAAUGUCUCUAGCCCUGGAAUCAGCACAACCACAGUGCGCCCCAGCAGUCCUUCUCUUGAUGAGCCUUUGGGCAAAGAUUAUAAGUUUGUGAUGGUAGAAAAGGGCAAUACACCUGUCAAGAAGGAGUCAGAGCGACUGGUCAUGACCACCAAAGACACCGGAAAGCAAUUCAUGUCUGCUGCUCCUGCAACGUCUGCAAUGUCUGCUGCCGCCUACUCUGAUGAUUCACUGAUGAGGGAAAAACAGAAACUGUCGAUGUCAGCCAGCACAAUGAAUGAUGAAAGGGAGGCUAAAGCUGCACUCCUGAAAUUUGACUCGAAAGAUAAAGUUGGCUGCGCAGACAUGUGGAACGAUGGAUCGUGUUUUGGCUUGAGCCGCUGCUGCCGCUGCAGUUGGUGGAAGUGGCUCCUGGGCAUCCUGCUCGGCCUUCUCCUUCUUCUUGGUCUCCUCUUUGGACUCAUCGCUUUGAGUGAGGAAGUGAAACGUCUCAAAAAACGAGUUGAAGCUCUGGAAGCCAUCACUGGCUCUGCGUCAGCGAGGACUAGUCGUCUUUCUGGCUCCUCUGGCAUCAACAUUGUUGAUCCGCUGGAUUCCAAACACACGGACAGGAGUUAUUUGGGUUCCACACUGACUCACUCUGAUAACGGAAUUGGUGUAGGGAAUGCCAGAGGAUCAGGAGAGGACUGGCAGAGAGCUGUCCAGCAGCUGGUCAGAGCCGAACUACGUUCCGAUGCUUUUAGAGACUCACUCAAAGGAGCUAAAGGAGACCCUGGGAUGAAAGGUGAUCCAGGUGUUCUUGGACUUCAAGGUGAUCCUGGGUUUCCUGGCCUGCCAGGUCCUUCUGGACGUGUGGGCAACCCAGGAACAGAAGGACCCAGGGGUCCCAAGGGAACCGCAGGUGAUCCAGGUCCUCAGGGAUUACCAGGUCAGAAGGGCUUGGAUGGGCCAAUGGGCCCCCGAGGAGAGGCUGCACUACCUGGUUUUGGAGCGAAAGGAGAAAAAGGAUCUCAUGGCAAUUCGGGACCAGUUGGUGCUCCUGGGCUAGUGGGGCAGAAAGGUGCUCUUGGUCAAAAGGGUUCCCAGGGUGAUAGUGGAUUUCCAGGACAAAAAGGAACUCCAGGCUUGCCAGGAACCAAAGGAGGCAUGGGAGAGAGGGGACCACGUGGCCCAGAAGGUGAACCUGGAAGAGAUGGCACAAAAGGUGCGCAGGGAAUUGCAGGUGUUGCAGGUUCAAUGGGACCUACUGGUGUGAGAGGAACACCUGGGCCUUCUGGACUUGAUGGUCUUCCAGGUUCUCCAGGAAUUCAAGGGCCACCAGGUAUUGCUGGAAUUCCAGGACAGCCUGGUACAAAAGGUGAAAUGGGUCCAGCUGGUCAAGUCAUUUCUCCAAUUGGCUCUGACACGGUGGCCAUCCCAGGACCACCAGGACCGACUGGAUCUCCUGGUCCUCCUGGAGUUCCUGGUUUGUCUGGUCCCAUAGGCCCAACAGGAAACACUGGUCGAAAGGGAGACCGAGGAGAGAAAGGGGAGAGAGGUGAGAGAGGAGAAGCUGGCAUCAGUAUCAGUAGUUCAGAAACUGUCAGUGCAACACGAACUGGUAGUCUGUCUUCAUCGGCUGGAUUUAUGGGCCCACCGGGACCUCCAGGGCCUCCAGGAGUUCCAGGUCUUCAAGGUCCUCCCGGUGAGACAAGACAAGGUCCCCCUGGGCGUAGAGGUCCAUCAGGAGAGCCAGGCAUUGGAGUACCUGGACCCGCAGGACCAAAAGGAGAGCCUGGAAACUUUGUACCUUCAUCAGAAACUUUCUUUGCUGGACCAACGGGACCACCAGGACCUCCUGGUCCCCAGGGCCCACAAGGUGAGCGAGGACUACGAGGUUACCAAGGAGAACCAGGACAGCCAGGUUUGGCAGGAAUUCCAGGAGAACCAGGUGAUUCAGGAUUCUCUGGAGUCUCCCUGGGGGGUGCAUCAAGACGAGGACCGCCCGGACCUCGUGGACCACCUGGUGCACCUGGAAGAGAUUGGAGUGCAGCAGGUUCAAGUGCCAUGGGCCAGUACAUUGCAGAGUACAUUCAGAGUGGAAACUUGAAGCAGUCUCUGGUGGGACCUCCAGGGCCUCCGGGGCCUCCUGGUAUCUCAGCAGCCUCAGGCGCCGAGAUGGUGGAUGAUGUAGCAAAUCGAGUCAUCGCCUACAUGCAGAGUCAGGGCAGAGGAUAUGGUGGGACUUCUAGCUCUAUUGGUCUCACUGCUCAAAGUGGCUCCAUUUCUGUUGAUGACCUCAUCGCCCUUUUACAGCGAGAGGAUGUGAGAAGAUAUGUUACUGGUCCUGCUGGUCCACCAGGGCCCCCUGGAGCACCAGGUCAUGGAAGCUAUAGAUUUGGUAUCCAGGAGGUGGCUGAACGUGUCCUCAGUCUGAUGAAAGACAGGGGCAUGUUGGGUGUAUCUGGACAUGGAAAUGGGUUCUCAAGUGAGUAUCAUACUGCUGUUGGGCCCCAGGGUCCACCUGGUGUGCCGGGUCCACCUGGACCACCAGGAACUGGAAACUACUUGAGCUCAGAUGUCCGUGAAUACUUUCAAAGUAUUGCUGGUAGAGGUCCUCCAGGCCCCCCCGGGCCCCCUGGACCCGUGGGUCCACCUGGUCCGAUCUCUGAACUUUCCUACACUGGUCUUGCCAACAGUGAGACGAUCAGAGCAGAUAGACGGGAAUAUGUCAGCAGUGACAGGACAAGAGGAGGUAUGUUUGGCAUUCCUGGUCCACCUGGCCCUCCUGGACCCCCAGGUGAAAAGGGAGAUUCAGGUGUAUCUGGUGGUAUGAACUGGAACGUGGAUAGUGGAGACUACUCCAGUAUGGCCGUCAGAGUAACCGAUUAUAUCAAAUCCCAUGGCCUGCUCCGGGAUGUUGUGGGGGAAUUUGGUGGUGCUGUCCAAGGCCCUCCAGGACUCCCUGGUCCUCCGGGAACCCCUGGAUACAGCCAGUGGUUUGGUUCUCAAGAUAAUGUUGUGGAUGUGGUGGAAUACAUCAAAUCACAAGGUCUGUUGUAUGACUCUGGGAGGGAUCAACAUGGCCGUGCUGGGCAAGUACCCAGAGGACCACCUGGACCUCCUGGACCUCCAGGGUCCACCCGUUGGUUUGGUACUCAUGGAAACGCAACAGAUCUGGUGGAAUACAUAAGAUCCCAAGGUGUGUUACGUGACAUCAUCAGGGAGUACACCAAUCACAUUUUCCAAGGACCUCAAGGACCACCUGGUCCUCCAGGUGUGCCGGGCCAUAGUCAAGGGUUUGGUUCCGGUGUAAAUUACACACCUCUUGUAGAAUACCUCCAAUCACGUGGUCUGAUUAGUGACAGAAGAAGGAGCAACUAUGAACACACUGUUCAAGGGCCACCAGGACUACCUGGACCUCCAGGAGCCCCCGGAUACAGCCGAUUGUUUGGUUCCCAAGCAAACGUUACUGAUAUAGUGGAAUUCAUCAGAACAUAUGGUGCCAUAGUCGGAGCACCAGGGAGACCAGGACAAAAAGGGGAAAUGGGAUUCCAAGGCCCAAAAGGAGACAGAGGUGAACGUGGUUCUCCAGGGCAACAAGGACCCAAGGGAGAAAAAGGUGACUUCUCAACGAUUUCAAGGAGAGCAAAGAGGGAUGUUGGUGUCUAAGGCACGAGUGUGUGUGCAUGAGAGUACCCCGACGUUGUUAUGCACAUUGUCUGUUUUGCAACAGUAUAUAUAUGCAAUGUUAUUUCAUUAUUACUGCAUCUGCUUUGCUGUCAGGGAUCAUAUAGAAUAGGAAUUUUAAAGCUAUACCCCAAACUUUCACUGUUUUGUUACAAGUGUGGAUUUAUACUUCAAAUAAAAUCAAACCAACUGCA